AUGAAACGUGAAAGAGAUACAAAUAUUGUGGAAAAUUUAAUUGAACAUCUUGAAGAAAUUUUACAAAAGGCUAAAGUAAACGAACUGCGUCAUUUUAUCGAACCAUUAGAGACGACAAUUGUGAGAGUGAAGAAUUUGAAGGAAACAAUAAAAGUGAAAUGUGACUCAACUGAUGAUUUUCAAAUGGCCUGCUCCUGUAAUGAUUGGGGCAACGAUAUAUUAACGCCAAGCGGAAAAUGGAUUUGUGAAUGCGGUGAAAAUUGUUCAUGUUCAAAAACAUGGACUAGUUGCGUUAAUAUUCCAUCGGAAAAAAUACCACCACAAGAAUUAUUAUUGGAGAAAAAGGGAGAAAAAUUGAGUGAAAAAAAUGAAGAAAUUAAUUUAGAACCAAACAAAACUGUCUCAAUUUUGUAUAAUCGAGCAGAUAAAAAAGAAGAAUGUGUAACAAAUUUUGAAAUUAACACAGCUCAUAAUGUAAAUUAUCCUUCGAAGUCAAUCGACAGUGAUGAUAAUAAUAAUAAUAAUUUCAAAUUGAAAGAGUCGACAAAAUUAAAAUGUGAAAAUUGUAAAUGUUCAACUGACGAUAAAGGAAAAUUGAUGAAAACUGAAGAAUGUGCCAAGUCAUCCAAGCAGGAGAGAAGAAAAAAGGAUAUUCAAAAAUCUCCCAAGGAAGAAAAAUUUAUCAAUGUUGCUGAAACAUCAACUCGAAAGAUUCUAGAGCCUUGGAAAUCAAGAGAAGACGAGAUGUGUAGGGAAGAAGCAAUGAAAGAAACGUUUCAGCAACAAAUAAAUUGUGACAAACCGGAAAAACCAUUAAAAUGUUCCGAAAUGGCACCAAAAAAUUUAUUCAAAAACAGAGAAGAGAUUUGUGAAGGGAAUAAGAAACAACAAGUGGAAAAAUCAACAAUAACUGUAAAAUUAGAGGAGAAAAUUAGUAAAACUGGAAAAUUAUGCCAAUGUUCAGCGCCAAUGAAAAUAGUACCUACAGAAAAAGAUGUUUCAUUUGGUAAAAGAAUACCGAAAACUAUAAAAAAAUCCAAAGAGAAAAUUAUUGAGGGAAAUUUUUGUAAAGAAGAAAAAAUUACAACUGCUUGUAAUGAGUGCUCGUUGCCUUCAAAGGAAAUAACGAAUUCAGAAAAAAUUGAUUGUCAGUGUUCUCCAGAUUGGAUGAAAAAAUUAAAACAAAAUUGUACAACACAAGGAAAAAAUAGUUGUUGUUCUGAAUAUCAAGAAGGAAUAAUAAUUGACAGUCGCGAUGGAAAUGUGAAGAGAUCAGAUAGAGAAAUAAAUGUAAAUCGAAAUGCAUCAUUGGAAGAAGCGCACUGUUCGAGUAAUUUAUUCAGUCCUGCGACAAGUGCAGAAAAGCUCUGCUCCUGCGGUUGUGGAUAUUUUAUUGAAGGCGUUCCUGAUAUAAGUACAAUUUCUUGCAACAAUACAUCAAAAAGUCCCCGUCAAAAAAUGUCCACUUCAAAAAAUAAAACUCUCAAAUUGCAAGAAAAUGACUGUGCCUGUGGAGGAAAAUGUGAAUAGUGAACUAGUUUGUUUCAAGUAAUGAAAUAAAACAAACAAAUUAUAAUUUUUCGAAAAAAUUAUUGUGAAUAUGUCCAUGUAAAUUUUAAUAAACGAAAAAAUAAUAAACGAAUUUUUUAAAUUA